AUGAGCUCCUCCUCGUCGUCAUCGCGCAAGACGCGCAAGUCUCACGGCGGCUCCAGCGUCAUGUUUGCAAACGCCGUUUACUUUCCAAGUUAUUACAUUUACCGUGGCUCUACCCCCGGGCAGAUGAACUAUAACUGCAUCAGCCAUGUCUACUACGCACACGCCCAGAUAUCUGCCGACGGCAGUGUCCUUCUUGGUGACGAGUGGGCAGAUGCCAGGGCGCCCUGUGAUGGCGUCAGCGGUGGACUUGGCUCGUUGAUGCAUCUCAAACAAAGCUAUCCGCACCUGCAGGUGAUACUAUCCGUCGGAGGCGGCUCAUCCAGCGAGAUAUUCCCCUUGAUUGCUAGCAAUGCGGCACUCCGCGACAACUUUGCCCGGUCAGCACUCGGCUUGGUUGAGGCGUCAGGCCUUGAUGGGAUAGAUGUGGACUGGGAGUAUCCGAGCACGCCGGAGCAAGGGGCGGACUUUCUAGCUCUGUUGGCUACUAUCCGGCUCUAUCUGACUGAGGAUCGGUUCAUCCUGACGGCGGCGCUGCCAGCUGGGAUUCCCGUGCUGCAGAACAUUGACCUCGCGACGGCAGCCGAAUACCUCGACUACAUCAACCUCAAGGCGUUCGACUUUUACGGUCACUGGACGCACAAGUGCGGCCAUCACGGGCAGCUGUACGCCAGGGGAAAAGACGAGCCCUCGGGCGCGGGUGCUGUACAACACCUGAUGGCCAACCGAUUUCCGGCACGAAAGAUCGUUCUGGGAGUCCCUGUCUUCGGGCGAAGCUUCCUCAACACCUCGGGCCCCGGGCACAAGUUCAGGGGCGCAGGCGGGGAGGACGGCAUGUUUGAGUAUCGCGAUCUCCCGCGCAAGGGCGCCAGGGAGCAGGUGGACAAGGGGACAGCUGCCGCACAGUGUGUCGGCGGAGACGGUGGCUUCGUCUCGUACGACAACCCGGAGACGGUCAAGAUGAAAGCCACGUUUUGCAAGCAAAAGGGGCUGGGGGGUCUCUGCUACUGGGCUGGGCCGGCAGAUGCCAAGGAGAGCAAAAGGAGUCUGAUCGCGGCCGGCUUCCGUACGCUUCACGGCUCGUAG